AUGGACUCGGAACCCGACGUCGAACUCCGGGGCCUCGACAUCGACGUCGAACUCGACCCGGAGGACCUUCAGCCGUCGGUGCCCCUCAAGAAGGUCCCCGGCGGUGACCUCUUCGAGGCGGCGCGGGCCGGGGACUGCGACCGCCUCGCCCUCCUCCUCGAGGCCGGCGCCAACGUCAACGCGCGCGACCGCUGGGACUCCGUCGCGCUCUAUUACGCCUGCCUGGCGGGACACGCCGAGGCCGCGCGGAUGCUGCUCGAGGCCGGCGCCGUCUGCGCUGAGCGCACCUUCGACGGCGACCGUUGCCACUACGCGGCCCUCAACCUGCGCCUACGCUGGCUGCUCAAGUCGUUCGAGGCCAGGCCGCCACCGCUCGCGCCGCUCCCCGCCGCGCUGCGGGCGACGUUCCUUGCCUGCCCCGCCAACCGCACCGCUUUUCUCGAGAUGCUGCAGGGAAGCGCCGGCGCUGAAACUGCUGCCCUCGCCGCGGCCGCCGGAUUUGGGCCAAAGCAUGAUCCAUCAAGUGCUUGCCUUUUCCCUCCAGAUAUUACAUUCUACGUGGACAGAAAGCCUGUUGAAGCUCAUCGGGUCAUCCUUUGUGCCCGAUCUCCUUUCUUUGAAAAGAAGUUCAAGACAGACUGGAAAGACAGGAAGGAAGUGAGAUUUUCUAACCAAAAGUUGUAUUAUGGCGCCUUAUACAGCCUCAUCCAUUUCUUCUAUUCUGAUAGACUGGAGGUAGCUGUCGAUGACAUGGAAAAUUUGGCGCGGGCAUGCAAAGUUUGCAAGUGUGAGGAGUUGCAAAAGAUUUUGGAUAAAGAAGUUGUGCAUCAGAAGUAUGCGGAGUACAAAUCAGCAAGAGAACUGGAUUUGGACAAUUCACAGAAACGGUUCAUCUUACAAGCGCAAUCCUUGCCUGAGGAAGAUCGCCUUCCAUCAGCCUUGCAGCGUAUUCUGCAGACUUGUCUAGCGAACUCAAGAGAAGGCUAUUGUAGUGAGGAAUCCAAUGAGAUGAUAAGGAACUCGGAGGAUGAUGAUCUUGCCGAUCUUUAUAUUAAAGUAGGUGAUAAGGUUUUCCAUUGUCAUCAGGUAAUUUUGGCCUCGAGGUCGGAGUACUUCAGAGCCAGGCUUUCUCGAACUGUUGAUUUCCUUGAAGGUAACUGUGGAUUUCAAGCUGCUCAGAACGUUCCUGUUCUUGAGGAGCAUGACUUAAGUGCAGAAGCAUUUGAAAAGAUGCUCGAAUACAUGUAUACUGAUAAGCUAGAGCAUUUGGAUCCUGAUCAGGCUGAAGAACUAUUUGAUGUUGCAUCAAGGUACCUGCUGUUUCCCCUUAAGCGGGUCGUAGCUGAUAUGCUGUUGCCAUAUCUGGAACAUGUUUCUCCUGCAGAACUGUGCCACUGGUUGAUGCUGUCUGACAUAUAUGGUGUCAUGAAAAUAAGGGAGUAUAUCUUGGAUAUCAUUGCUUGCAACUUUGAGAUGUUCGCAGACACCCGAGAGUUCCGGGCCUUGCUCUUGACACUUCCGCCACCAUCCGGAGAUGACUCACUGCGGACAACUCGUCCUAGUGCACCUGGGACUGGAGGCAACACCGACCAAGGCAACAUUCUUGAUGAUUUGCGUGAGAAGUGGCUCGAAGCAGAGGGUGCUGAGCUCGACGAGAGGGAUGAGAGUGCAGCUCUGUUCGACAGGCGACUGGAGAUGCUUAUGCUAGUUGCAGAGAAAGAAGCCGAUGAUGUAGACGCUUGA